CCAAUUUUUUUCUAGGGUUUUAGGGUUUCAAUUAGGCAUCAAACCCCCAUCACUUGCCACAGGUUUUGAGUUUGUUCUUCCUCUUCUUCUUGCGACAAUGGAGAGCCCUUCUCCGGCUUCAUGCUGGAGCAAUGUCGUGAAAUCUCAGUCGGCUCCGAAGCCUCAGCAUCAGACUCCGACCUCCUCCGUCCAAGUAUUCGCCGAUAGCUGCAAGUCCAGUCAAGGCGUUGCUGUUGCCGUUGUUGAUGCCAACGCCAUUAUCCAAGGAGGAGAGAAGCUUUCCACCUGCGCGGAUAAGUUUGUUUCCGUUCCUGAGGUUUUGGAUGAGGUUCGCGAUCCUGUGUCUCGCCAUAGACUCGCCUUCGUCCCCUUCUCUCUCGAAUCCAUGGAUCCCUCUCCUGAAGCUCUCAAUAAAGUAAUCAAGUUUGCAAGGGCAACUGGUGACUUACAGACGCUUUCAGAUGUUGAUAUUAAACUUAUUGCCCUCACUUACACGUUGGAGACUCAGAUCCAUGGAACCAAACAUCUCCGUGAGUGUCCUCCCCCUGUCCACAUGGUUAAUACAAAGAGGUUGCCUGAGAAAGACAUGCCUGGGUGGGGCUCUAACGUUCCUAAUCUGGAAGAAUGGGAAGCAUUAGAGCAAGAUGCUGAUGCUCCGUCCAAUUCGACAUCGAAGAUUCUUCCUUUGCAGGAUUUAAACUUGAACAUCAUCCCUUCAGAUGGUCAAUCUGAAGAUCUUUCACUAGAGCCCAAGGAUGGGAAUUACUUGGAGCAUCAAGAUGAAACUGAGAGUGCAUCAGGAAGAUCAAGGAGGUAUCCUCCAAAGAAGAAGGAAAUUAAUAUUGAAGGGAAGAAGAUGGUGGCUGAUGGAAUUGAUGCAUCUCAGGGACAAUGUGAUGAUAAUGAGGGUGAGUGGACACCUGCCGUCAGUCGAAGUACUCAGAGAAGAUAUAUUAGGAGGAAAGCCAGACGUGAAUAUUAUGAGUCCUUAGCUGAAAAGGAUGGUCUGCAAGAUGUUGAAACCACAGAUGGUGACAUCCAAGUGGAACCUAAGAGUUCAGGUCAAUCACAGGAUAAAAUCUCUGAACUGCCAAAUUCUGGAAAUUUGAAUGAGAGUCGGAUAGAAGAAGGGACAAACAAUAGUGAGAACCUCUCACAAAUUUUGAAGCAGAUGAGGCUGGAAGAAGAUUCAUUAAAUACCCUUCAUGUGGAAGGGCUUGGCGCUUCCACAAAAGAAGAAUUUGAUGAGAGUGAGUUGGAGGAUGCUGUGGCUGUGGAAGGCUCGGAUUAUACAGUAAAGGAUGAAAUGGAACACAUAGAAGACUUGAGUCAGACUAAUGAAAGUGUAGACACGUCAAAUGUAGAUGAUGUUAGCAGUGAUCAGAGUUGGAUGCUCAGAUCAUUGUCUGAAUCAAGUGUAGCAUGUGUAACUGGUGACUUCGCGAUGCAGAAUGUUCUUCUGCAAAUGGGUUUACGAUUGUUGGCUCCAGGAGGAAUGCAGAUCCGGCAACUACAUAGGUGGAUUUUGAAAUGUCACGCCUGCUACAAUGUCACAGCUGAAAUUGGAAGGAUCUUUUGCCCAAAGUGUGGAAAUGGUGGAACUUUACGCAAGGUAGCUGUUACAGUUGGCGAGAACGGAGUUGUGUUAGCAGCUCGUAAGCCGAGGAUCACUCUGCGAGGCACAAAAUUUUCACUUCCUCUACCGCAAGGUGGAAGAGACGCCAUUACCAAAAAUCUUGUCUUACGUGAAGAUCAACUCCCGCAGAAAUUUCUUCAUCCCAAAACAAAGAAGAAAGCUAAUAAGCAGGGAGAUGACUUCUAUCCCGUGGAUAAUUUCUUCAGCCACCACAAUACUGAUAAGAGAGCUCCUUUGCAGCCUCCUGUAAGGCAGGCUUUAGCAGUCUUUAGUGGGAAGAGAAAUCCGAACGAUAACCAUUACUCCCGAUCUAAGCAUAAAUAGACCCAAGUAUUUUUAGAUUUCAUGUUCAUUACAGUUUUCAUAACUACAAAUUUUGAUGAAUAUCUUUUGAGAUUGGAUUAAUUUAUUCAAAUUGAUAAGCUCAGCUUAAAUGAGUUCAAUUUUGCCCUGAAUUUCCUUCAAAAUACUUGUUCGGUGCGACUUUAUUUGUGAAUAUGUAAUCCCAAUAACAGUUUUGGU